AUGGACCGAGUAUAUACACAUUUGUAUAUAACGUUAUCUACUCGUUUACAACUAAACAUUUAUAUAUACGUUUACGCCCAUACUACAUGUAUAUAUAUAACCUUACCUUCUUUUUUACAACUAUUCAUGUAUAUAUAUCUUAACACUCAUACACGUUUUAACACGCAUGCGUUUAAAUUAAGUUACAUUAAAUGUUUAAUAUAUCAAUUUUAAUUAAUUAUUAAAAUUAUAAUUAUUGAGACUAAAACUUAAUAUAUAGCCAUGCCCACUUGUUUUACACUAAGCAUGUCUGUACACAUUAACGCACAUACACGUUUAUACACGAUUUUUGAGCUACAUUUAAUAUUUGUUUCCAUUUUGAUAUUAAUUCAUCAAUACCAUUCUAAUGCUAUUGUUAACAAUAUUAGUAUAGCGUUAUGAGAUAUGUCAUACUUUGAAGAAGUUUUAUUAUCGAUUAUAUUCACUGAUUUGUCAAUGUAUAUACAUGAUUAUGAUAUUUUUACAAACUGGCAUUCGUUUGAGCUGGGGUUACAAAAUAUGUGUAUGAACUAUAUGCUGGAUAUAAUCAGCCAAAGUGCAGCGGAUAUUAUCUACGCUUGACGUGUGUGUCUGUUCAACGCUCUGCAAUGUCAUCUCGGUUCAUCUGUAUACUUCAGCACAAUGAUAAGGCGGAUAUGGAAACAACAAUCGCCUCUCGGCUUUGUUCUGAAUGUGGAAGGGAAUUCAAAUCUAGAAGCGGCUACAAUCGGCAUGUCCGAAUGCAUCAAGGACAGGCACCAUACCGCUGUUGCGGGAAGAUGUAUUUUGAUAAGGACAAGCUAACGAUGCACAGAAAUCAUACACAUGGAGAGGAGGCUAGGGAGAAAUGUGACGAGUGCGGAAAGCGAUUUGCCACACGUCAACAGGUCGCAAAACAUUUAUCAGUCGUGCACUGUGAAGCAAGACCAAGUUUCAAAUGCGAUACGUGCUGUUUACACUACACAUCCAAACAGGGUCUCCAGGACCACAUCGUGUCCCAACACGAGGGACGAGCUGUGCACGCCUGUCACUGUGGCAAGACUUACAGACACGCUACAAAUCUGUACAGACAUAAAAAAUCAGACAAACAUUAAUUUUGGACGUGCGAAUCAAUCAGGAAUUGUAUUAACCCCUAUUUAAACCAUUGUUUUGGCAAUCAUUUUAAUAUCAAUUUGUUGCUAUUUUGGAAAGCACACCUGCGACUAGUUUUUGCUUUAGCGAAUAUUUUAAUUAUUUUGAAAAUUUAUGUCACAUUACUUCUGUUUUUGUCGUUCAGUUUUUGUUUUAUUUUCGUUUUCCAAUCGUUGUGUGAAUAUUUGCUCCUAGUCGGAUCUCGCGUUUUUAUAGUUAUACAUGUAUGUUUAAGUUUGUUUGUUUUUAUGUUUUGUAUUUGCUCAUUUGAUUGAUUUAUGUGAUUUAAACUGUGAUUAUACUGUGCUUAAACUGUGAUCUCAUAUAUAUAGGAUCUGGCACGAGUUGUCAUAUCAUACCAUAUUUUAUUAAACGAGUUCAGGAAUUUUGUUAGUAAGCGAGCCUUCGGCGACCUUACUAACGAAUUUCCUGGACGAGUUUAAUAAAAUAUGAUGAUCGUUUGAUAUGACAACGAGUGUCAUAUUAUUUUUAUCACAUGCUUUGAAAUGAGCAAAUUAAGUAACUAUUUAAGCAAACAUAAUGAUAAAUCCCGAAUGUUGUUUACAUUUCGUGACGUCAAUUGACGUUGCAACGUCAUUUCAUCAAAAUAACAAAAUGCUAUUGGUCUAUCAAACGAAAACAAAAACUAAGCCAAUGAAAACGCUUAAAAAGUAUAUAACACAUGUGUAAGAUAAAAAAUUUCUUAGUGGUUAUAUUACAUGGGAAACAGGGUAUGGUAUGUGAUAAAUAAAUAAAUAUAU